AUGGCCGAACUUCCCAUGCCUGAUUUAUCGCAUCUAAGUGCUGAGGAGCGUCAAAUUAUUGAAGAAGUAUUUCAACGGCAACGUGCUGAAGAAGAAAAAGAGACCCAACUUAGCCAAAAAGCGGAUCAAGAAUUGGAAGCUAUUGAAAAGCAAAUCAAUCAACGGAAAGAGAUCGCACAACGUCUUGUUGGAACACAAGAUGAUGCCAUUUGUCAAAUUUGUCAAAAAACUAAAUUUGCAGAUGGCAUUGGUCAUAAAUGUUUUUAUUGUCAAUUACGAUCAUGUGCUCGAUGUGGUGGUCGUACAGCAAGUCGAAAUAAAG